UCGCGGAGAGUUGUAAAAGAUCAGAAUAAUUGAUGGGUGGCCGUUAUAGUGUUCUUCAUACUAUCAGUAUUUUCUGUGUAUAAAUGAGUCAAUUGAGGUUGAAAACCUGCGAAGUUUUUCAUAAAAUUAAACAGCUGAGUUGUAUCACAUUAUGAACAGAUAAAAGGAAAUACAAUUUAAAGUGUUUGACUGGAAAAAAAACUAUUUGUGUAAGGUCGAAUUUAUAUAUUGAGAUGCGCUUUGACGGUACCAAUACAGUCAUGGACAUACGGACAAACGCACCUAAUCACCAUACGUUCAUGGAUGAACGACCACAGAAUAUAAACGCCUCCCCGACGGCUGCUAGCGAUCCUCCGCCGGUAACGGAAAAUGUCAUAGAAAACCAGAAAAUUCCAUCGUCGGAAAAUCGGCUUCCUAGGACAUUUAUACAAGACAGUUUGAAUAGUAUGGACUCCUUGCAAAAACAGAAUGUGAGUUACUGCGUGUCAAAUGAAAAUGGAUUAUAUGGACGUAAUUCUGUUAAUGGAUCGUCAAGCCUCGAACCUGAGAUUUCUCUCAGAGAACACCAUCAUGCGCGUUCAUCUACGCCGGUUGAUGUAUACGACAGUGAAAAUGAAGAGCUUGAUCCCGUCGGGGACGGUCGGGACUCUCUAGGAUCGCCGGUGCAAUCACCUAUUACCUCGCCGGCUUCGAGAGAAUCGGAACAAGAUGUGUCUAUUGAUAUGAGAGACUUUAAUGACAGUUCUAUGGACGAAAAUGAUUCUAACAAUGGAGUCCUGGCAAACGUUGCAGGAACAAGUAACAAGAAAAAUGGUAAAAGUAAUUUAGUUAAACCACCGUAUUCUUAUAUAGCUCUAAUAACAAUGUCUAUCUUACAGUCUGAACAGAAGAAACUGACUCUUUCUGGAAUUUGUGAAUUUAUCAUGAACAGGUUUCCGUAUUAUCAUGAAAAGUUUCCAGCGUGGCAGAACAGCAUCAGACAUAAUUUAUCGUUAAAUGAUUGUUUCAUAAAAAUUCCUCGAGAACCAGGAAAUCCUGGAAAGGGUAACUACUGGACCCUCGACCCUGCUAGUGAGGAUAUGUUUGAUAACGGGAGUUUCUUGAGGCGUCGAAAACGUUAUAAGCGUCACCAUGCCGAGCUUAUGGCGCAGAAUGCCUCCUUCAUGAGCGCACACCAGUCAUUCUUCCAUCAUCAUGGAUUCGUGCCACAGGGAACACAUUCCAACGCAGUCGGGACAUUUCCGUAUCCUCCUUACAUGACGUCAUCACUAACGCCACAUUUACCGUACGUGACGCAAAAUGAGAUAGCACGUGCCCAGAGCGAAUUAACCCGUGCUCAUCUUGUUAAUCACCCGGCAUAUCUUUCACAUGCAAUGCAUCAUCAGCUGCCGACGUCACCAACCCAUCCAGCCACGGUGUCACCGACGGCACGUAAAUCCCCAAUUUCAUCACCGACGUCAUCUACAACGUCAUCAUCAACACCAAAAACUUUUUCUAUUGACAGUAUAAUUGGAACAAAGAAGGAAAAUUCUAAGAAGUCACCAUCACCUAGUCCAACUACAACAACAACUUCUCCAGUUAUUCCGUUCAAACCCGCGGGGAUUCCAUCAGCUGCGUUGAACGCGUUCAGUCCUCUAAUGUCAGUACGGUCAAGUGCAAUAGACAUGAGCAGACUUAGUAAUAACGCAUACCUAGCACCGUACAUGAAUCAAGCCACAGCAAUGAACGCAAUGGACAUAGAAAAAUACAGACAAUAUUUGCAAGUUUACGGUCUGCAAGGCUUACAGGCUUGGCAGCGGUGAAUUAUUUCCAUGGACUAAUUAGACAGAAUUUCGAUGUGUAUACUUUUUGUGCUAAUAUCUGUUUUAUAUUGAUUCCAAAAGACAAAUGUAAGUAAAAAUUGAUGUUGUCAGUUAGUUUAUUCAUUGUUACCACAAAAUUAAAGUCUUUAAUGUAAUUCUAAUUGUAAGUAAUUUAUCAAAGUCAUUUUACCGACACGGCGUCUUUGAUAUAAUAGUGGUAAUCUUGUUUUAUUGAUGUAAUAAUCAAAAUGAAAUUGCAAGAAUUAGCUCUACCUCAGUGUAUUUAUUUAAAAAAAAAAUAAGAAAGCAAAGUCCGCCUUGGCGGUAAAACAAAGACAUUUCUUAUAUAAAGAUCGAACUUUUUUGAAUUACCUUUUAUUACAUGCUUAGAUUUCAACAUGGUUAUUUCUUAUUGUGCUAUUAUUUGCUUUUGAAUACAACUCUACGAUAUAAUGUAAUAAUAAUAAAAUAAAAAAUGAUACAGCAAA